GAACCCUAAAGAAAAAGGGAUGGCAGGAAAAGUAAGGUGGAAUCCCUGCUAGUUCUUUCAGAAGUCCUAAAAUAAACACCCACCACAAUGGCACAAGAAAAGAGGUCUUCUGACGCAGAGUACCUUACAGACAUUACUAGCUAGUGUUUAUUGGCAAUAAAGAUUGCCCAAAGUAGGGACAACUCUAAUGUAGCCACUCCAAGCAAAAUUUCAUGCCAGAAAAAGUAAGCUCCUCCACUCUCAACUAUUACAGCUGUGGCAGUUCUCAUUACUUCAGGUAAUUGUAGCCUACCUCACAGGGUGGUUGUAAAGGUAAAAUGGGUGUGCAAGGGGACACAGACCCAAGCUAGCUCCUUACUGAAAAAGUGUAACAGAAAUGUAAUAAAUUUCCUUUUGCUGCAAUAUAACAGGAAGUACUAAAGUAGCAUCAUAAAUGUUCUAGGAUCAAAAUACUGUCUACUGCCUUAAUUUUAGUACAGGAACAUAAUAUCACUUUAAUUAAGAAUAGGCAAAGCACUGCAAAUACUCUUUUGAGGAGGGUAGUGAUUUCUUCCACAGAUUCCAGGAAGAGAACAAUACAAAUCCCCAAAUCUAAAAUUCUUGAAAAUGUAACAUCUUACAUUGAGGGGGUUCCCCUGGCCUAAUAUCCUGUAAAACCAGUGGAACCAUUAUCCUGGAAAUUGUAUGUCAUUUUAUUUCUCAGCCCUCUAUUAAACAGAUUCUAUACUUAAACAUUUAGUGUUGUUGAGUCAAAAGAGGGCUUAUAGGUGGCAUGACUCUUUAAUACUACUCAAGAGCUUUUCAUUUUCAGCUUGGAGCUAUCCAAUUCAUAAAUUCAUAAAUCAGAGUAAAAACAGCCAUUUUUGUACAUUCCUGAUUAGUCAGACAUUUUUAAAAAUUUGAAGGCAGUUGGCACCUUAUACCAGUAUUUGUGACUUAAUUACUUAUGUAACAUAUAUAUAAUGGUGUGAGAAUACAGUGGUACCUCGGUUUAAGAACAGUCCAGUUUAAGAACGAUUUGAUUUACAAACUCCAUAAAACCGGAAAUAGUGUCCCGGUUUGAGAACUUAACUUUGGUCUAAGAAAAGAAUCUGAAUAGUGAAAGGGCACCGGCGGGCCUCAUUAGGGAAAGCGUGUCUCGGUUUAAUAAUGGUUUUGGUUUAAGAACAGACUUCCAGAACGGAUUAAGCUUGUAAACUAAGGGACCACUGUAUAAAGAAUAAUAGAAUUGUAGAACUGUAGACUUGGAAGGGACUCCAAGGGACAUCUAGUCCAACCCCCUGCAAUGCAGGAAUCACUAAAGCAUCCAUGGUAGAUGACCAUCCAACCUCUACUUAAAAAUCUGCUGGACUAGGUCAGACUAAGGUCCUUCUGGUUCAGCAUCCUGUCUCCAGGAGUGACCAGUCCUGUGUCCCUGGACAGCUGCAAGCAUAGCAUGAUUAUUUGCUUCUGUGUCUCCACCGUGCCUGAUAGUCAGAAUCUUACUGCCUCUGACCACGAAGGUGCCAUUUGGGGGCGGGGAGAGAUCCCAUCUCCAACCCUAGGUAGAAAUGCAUGGGUCCCUUGAACUUGCAGUUCAGAACUGGGUCUUAUUGUAUUUGCUUGUCCUCUCCCUCCUCCAGCAGCUACACUGAAAAAUUGUAUUACUGAAAGUUGAUCAAGUAGUAUUUCAUAGAAGCUUCGUAUUCUCUUGCUUCGUAUGUGUGGGCUGACACUUCACAGGUCUACACACCUACUUCCUGCAAUCUCUGCAAUUAACUAAUAGUGUAAAUCCCAGUUUCUGAAGUAACUGAGUCAGCAAGGGCUUGGCACAGAACACACACAAAGGAAUUGCCACCAGCAAAACACAUGAGUGGCUGAGUGAGAAGGGCAAUGAGCAACACCAAAGAAAAGGUGUUCUAGAGGUGGCGCUGAGAAGAUACAGUGGACUUUUAAACAUGGACACAGGUAUGCUGUGCCCUGGACUGGAAGAACUUUCUUCACAGUUCCCCUCUGUUUCACAAAAUUAGAAGAAAGAAGCUCCCCACUGACUCAGAAAACCUCAAUUAAGCUCAAGACGGAGGCCCCUGGCCUCCUUCAUCAUACAGUUGGCAACCACCAGCCUUUUUUAUUGCUUCCCUCACCAUGGACACUUGGCGGAGAGGAUCCAUCAGAUCCUCUGGUUUCUUCAAGCGCCUCUCAUUCAGGAGGCAUAAAAAGCCGGGCAAUCAAGUCACAAUCUGGAAUCAUAACAGCCAAACAAUAGACACCAGUGGACCACAGUACAACAAAAGGGAGCUCCCAAGAGACUUGACUGGAAAGUCGGACUAUUUAUCCUGUCAGAGCGAGCAAAACCUACUCAGCAAGCCACUGCCACCUCCCAAACCACCUCGACUAUAUCUGGAUAGUGCCAGCUGCCCCAAUAUAAUAAACCACACUGAUUCUCCCUCUACAGACAUUUCUUUCCCAAGCACUUCACGUCAUUUCCACAAGGCCACUCAAACACAGCCAGACCUAUUUUAUAGGAACCAAGCCACAAACUGGUGGCUCUCUGAAACCACCUCCUGCUACAGAAAUCCUAUUCGUGAUCCAUUAGACCCCUUUUUUUCUUUCACAUUGGAUUUGGGGCCCUCACUCCUUGAUGAUGUUUUGCAGACACUCAGAAACCAGAAUUUACUGUCAAAUUAGCUAGACUUGCAAAUAAAAGCAGAGGAAUUAAUUACACUGAACCACUGGCUCAUCUUCACUGCCUUUACGCAACUGAGGCUGCUUUUUGUUUUUCUCAAUGAACUGCGAACAGCACACCAGCUAGCAGUUGAGCACAGUAUUUACUUGGAAUUUACUAGCAUUUUUUCUAUUCAUCACACAUUCCCAAGACUCCUACUCAAAGUACUACAUUAUGACAAGAUGCUUCCUACAUUUGGACUGUAUCAGAGACUCUACAACUAAUGUGUGUGUGGAAAGGGGUGGGUGGUUGUAACAUGAAGGAACUAUAAGGAACUCAUGUAUAUACAAGAGCCUUGAACUAUACAUGACUGAAGUUUAUCUUCUUUUAUACUGGUGCAUAUUUUCCUCAUUAAUUUAAGCUAUUAGAAAGCCAGAUCAUUAUUGGAAAGCAAUUGUUUUUCUUUCUAUUCGUCACAGGGGAAAGGAAGUGUAUAACUAUUGCUUCCACAAUAAGCUAUGAAUAAUACAUUGUAAAAUGUGAAAGAGAAUAUAUAUAUUAGACCUUAUUAAAAGUAUUUCCUAUACCUCACUUGUGUCUCCUUUAAUUUCCAUUGGCAAGCACUCAUGUAACAGUGUGACUGCUGGGGAAAACCCUGUUACAUCAAACUCUAGAAAGAGCAGGAAAGGGGCCCUUGAAAGGAAAACCAAACAGCUACUGCUCUCCUAAACAUAUCCAAACCACCUAAGACCCCCUUGUAAGAAAUAUCAUGUCCCAAGGCUUGUUUAUGCAAUCAUGUGGCUCCAGGGCCAUAUCAAAAUAAUUUACAGUAUUGCGUUACUGUCCUGAAUAAACACUUAUUCACAAUGUGUAGAAUGAUUCACAGUCAUACUCCCUUGCUUGCUAUUGCAGGUCAGUCUCAGGACCCAAAUACAUGUGUUAUUUUUUUUGUUCUUAUUUUUAUUUUGCAUUUUGUCUUUUUUAUAUUGUAAAUUUAUGUUGUGAACCAUCC